UGUUUACUACUUUUCAACAAGUAACUGUCACCACACCAAAUUUUACAAUGAUCCAGUGGAAGCUGUAAAAGACAUCCCCGAUGGCGCAACCAUUCUGGUUGGUGGUUUUGGGCUGUGUGGGAUUCCAGAGAACCUCAUAGGCGCUCUGCUGCAGACCAGAGUGAAAGGACUGACUGCAGUCAGCAAUAAUGCAGGGGUCGACAACUUUGGCUUGGGCCUUUUACUUCGAUCUAAGCAGAUAAAACGGAUGGUCUCUUCAUAUGUGGGAGAAAAUGCAGAGUUUGAACGACAGUUCUUAUCUGGUGAGUUGGAAGUAGAGCUGACACCUCAGGGCACGCUUGCAGAGAGGAUUCGUGCAGGUGGGGCUGGAGUUCCUGCAUUUUACACCAGCACAGGGUAUGGGACCCUGGUGCAAGAAGGAGGAGCACCCAUCAAAUACAACAAGGAUGGCAGCAUUGCCAUUGCCAGUAAGCCAAGAGAGGUGAGGGAGUUUAAUGGCCAGCAGUUUAUUCUGGAAGAAGCAAUUACAGGGGAUUUUGCUUUGGUGAAAGCCUGGAAAGCAGACCAAGCAGGAAAUGUGAUUUUUAGGAAAAGUGCAAGGAAUUUCAAUUUGCCGAUGUGCAAAGCUGCAGAAACCACCGUGGUAGAGGUUGAAGAAAUUGUGGAUAUUGGGUCAUUUGCUCCGGAAGAUAUCCAUAUUCCUAAGAUUUAUGUACAUCGCCUUAUAAAGGGAGAAAAAUAUGAGAAAAGAAUUGAGCGUUUAUCAAUCCGAAAGAAUGGUGAUGAAAAAGCCAAAUCGGAUAAGCCUGCAGAUAACGUAAGGGAACGUAUCAUCCGACGGGCAGCUCUUGAGUUUGAGGACGGCAUGUAUGCUAAUUUGGGCAUAGGAAUCCCUCUUUUGGCUAGCAACUUUAUAAGCCCAAAUAUGACUGUUCAUCUUCAAAGUGAAAAUGGAGUCCUCGGUUUGGGCCCAUAUCCAUUAGAACAUGAAGCUGAUGCAGAUCUAAUCAAUGCAGGCAAGGAAACAGUUACUGUUCUUCCAGGAGCCUCUUUUUUCUCCAGCGAUGAAUCAUUUGCGAUGAUUAGAGGGGGACAUGUUGAUUUAACAAUGCUAGGAGCAAUGCAGGUUUCCAAGCAUGGUGACCUCGCCAACUGGAUGAUACCUGGUAAGAUGGUGAAAGGAAUGGGAGGUGCUAUGGAUUUAGUGUCCAGUGCCAAAACCAAAGUUGUGGUCACCAUGGAGCACUCUGCAAAGGGAAAUGCACAUAAAAUCAUGGAGAAAUGUACACUACCACUAACUGGAAAGCAAUGUGUCAACCGCAUUAUUACAGAAAAGGCUGUGUUUGACGUGGACAAGAAGAAAGGGCUAACUCUGAUUGAGCUCUGGGAAGGCCUGACAGUGGAUGACAUACAAAAGAGCACUGGGUGUGAUUUUGCAGUUUCACCAAAACUCAUCCCAAUGCAGCAGAUCACAACUUGAAAUGUGGAACAGACGUGUGUCCCCGGCUGCUAGGUUUUCAUUUUAAACUCAUAGGAUUUAAUUAAAGGGACAUCAGGAUCACAAUUGUAUAUUUAACUAGCUGUUUUUGAUAAGUUUUCUUUGAGUGUUUCAGGACUUACACAGCCAUGUAGACUUUGUUCUCUAAGCAUGUUAUGACCUUUUAAUGAAAGCAGAAGAAAAAUACUUAUGCUUACUCUGUUCCCUAAGUGCUGAGAAGGUUGUCUUUACCAUUGGUGCUCACAUUGGAUGUACUCAUAUCUUCAUCUUGUGUGGUAAAUUGUAUGCAGUAUUCCCUCAGGUGGGCCCUAGCAAGAGUUUCAUUGAUAUGCUUUCUCUCAUAACUAAAGUAUGACUUAAUAGUCCUGAGAGAAAUAAUGUAACAGUCCUGAGAGAGUAAUGUAUUUGUGAAUUUGCUGUUUGGAGGAAUGUUCUCUUAAUGAUUAUUUUUCCUUCAGCCGUCUCUGACUUUCAUUGGGGGGCUCUGAUUUUGUGAUUACAUCCUGUCUCCCUAGACUAUCCCCCUUCCUCCCACACUUUUUGAGCUAAAUAGAUACCCAAGAAGACAAGUGGGAGUGUCUCCUGGGAGAAAGGUAACUGGUUUGUGGAAGAAACAAGAAGAUGUAGACUCUGGAUUGGUGCUGAAAUCUCCCUAAGAAGUUGCCUUUAUGGACAACCAUUCAUCCAUUUGUGCUUUGCCAAAGUCUAAAGAAGAGGGCUAGAAACCUAACUAAUUAACAUGGAUAGUUUUGAAGAUUUUAAAACAGCAUUGCAUUCCUUUCUAUCCAGAAAAAUCCUUAAGAUUCUUUCUGUGUUACUGAGGCCCCAUGGGCUAUUUGUACUUACUUCUUAGGCCAAGAAGGGCUGUGAGUAAUUUAUUACUCCUUAGUCACAAUGAGAACAGAGUUCAAAGACAGGAAAAUAACAGAUACUUAUUUUUUAGGCUCACAUUUCUACUCGGAAAAGAUUCUAAGUAUUGAAUGAUUUUUCAAUAGAACAAUUGUUUUCUUUUAUCUAGGCUACUCACUUUGCUAAAGUACUUCUUACUUAGCCUUAUCUGGAGAGGAACUCAUCAUGGGCAAGACCUGGAUUGGAAGAAUUGGUGAAUGUUUAGUGUUGGCACUGAACUUCGAGGAUUAGAUGUGCAAGAAGUGCUUUCUCAAGGCUAUCCUCAGCACCAGACAAUUAUUGGGGCGUGGGCACUUCAGAACCAUCCUGGGUGUCGCAUGGGAGAAAGCAUAGACUCUCUGAAGACACACUGAGCAGUUGGCCUCUGGACAGAUGCAGGCAUACUACAGUGUAAUAUAUCAUUUUCUUGGUAUUCAGUAUAGGAAUUUAUGCAUAUUUUAGGUGAUAGUUGUCAUUGAAACUCUUUUAAGUAUAGCUACAGUUAUGUCAUGUAUAAUAUUCAAGGGAAAAGAGAAUUGUUUUCAUGAGUACCACACUCCAUAUAUUAAACAGCCUUUCAGGCAGGCUGCAUGGUUGAAAGUAUACACUCCCAGCACUGGUUUAAAGAAAAACAACUUUCUUAUAAUAUACGAAGUACCUGAGGGUAAUAUAUAUCUAUAUUAGAGUUAUAAUUUGGAAAAAAAAUUUUAUUGAUUGCUAUUGUAUUUUCAAAGUUACUUGCUUAUCAUUCCAGUCUUUUAAGAUGUGAUUCUAAGAAUUUUCUAAACAGUGGCAGAAUCUAAGUUAAUAACUUAAUAUUCUUAGUCAAAGAGUGCCAAGGUGUUAACAAAUGCAUUAAGAAAUAAAAUAAAGAUUCCAAACUGAUAAAGAUCA